GAAACUAAAGUAUACAAGAAGUAUAAGAAGCACUCUGUGACAAGUGGUGACGUAUAAUGGUGUCAGCUGAUAAUCAGGAAAUAUUAAUUAAUGGAAAUUCGCAAGAUAAGAAUUAAACGACGUAACUUAAAACAAAUUAUGUAGACCUGACAUUAAUAGCAUUUUGUAUUUAUUCGUGUUGAAAAGAGAUUUUGGCGACAGAGAGUUACUCCUGUAAUAACCUCAAAAAUAUGUGUCUGCUAGCGUAAACAUAUAAACUUUAUCUAUUUAAGCAUAUCUUACGUGGCAGAUUUCUCAUUGCUGAUAUCAGUAACAAGCCAACAUUGCACGUAGGAUUUACAGAAAUGCAUGAAAAGAGAAAAAAAUUACGAAUCAUGCGUGCUUUAAUACUUGUCGGUGGUUAUGGAACCAGAUUGAGACCUCUCACUUUGAGUCGGCCUAAACCACUUGUGGAAUUUGCAAACAAACCAAUGCUUUUGCAUCAAAUUGAAGCACUGGUGCAGACAAAUGUAACAGAGGUAAUCUUGGCGGUUUCUUACCGAGCACAACAGAUGGAAGAGGAAUUGGUUCACGAAGCAAAAAAAUUAGGAGUACAACUUAUUUUUUCUCAUGAACCAGAACCAUUGGGUACUGCCGGACCACUUGCGCUUGCCCGUGAAUAUUUAUGCACCAGCGACGAUCCGUUCUUUGUUUUGAACUCUGAUAUCAUCUGCGAUUUUCCCUUUAAACAGCUUCUCGAAUUCCAUGAGAGUCAUGGUAAAGAGGGAACUAUAGUUGUAACAAAAGUAGAAGAACCGUCGAAGUACGGUGUGGUUGUGUACAGAGAAGAUGGAAAAAUCGACAGUUUUGUGGAAAAGCCACAAGAAUUUAUAUCCAAUAAGAUUAACGCAGGAAUAUAUAUUCUUAACCCGAGCGUACUGAACAGAAUAGAACUGAAACCAACAAGCAUCGAGAAAGAAGUCUUUCCAGGUAUGGCUCAAGAUGGAGAAUUAUAUGCGAUGGAAUUGCCAGGCUUCUGGAUGGAUGUGGGACAGCCUAAAGACUUUCUCACAGGCAUGUCUAUGUAUCUUGCUUCGUUGAGACAAAAGCAUCCGGAACAGCUCCAUUCCGGAUCCGGCAUCGUGGGCAAUGUUCUGAUUGAUCCAACGGCUAAAAUCGGUAAAGAUUGCAGAAUCGGUCCUAAUGUCACAAUCGGGCCAGGUGUCACUUUAGCCGACGGAUGCUGUAUUAAACGAAGCACUAUCUUGAAGGCAGCUGUGAUAAAAGAGCACGCAUGGCUCGAUGGAUGUAUCGUUGGAUGGAGAAGUGUCGUGGGACGAUGGGUGCGAAUGGAAGGUACAACUGUACUAGGAGAAGACGUUAUUGUAAAAGACGAACUAUAUAUUAAUGGCGGACAAGUUUUGCCACACAAAAGCAUUUCCACUUCUGUACCGGAACCGCAAAUUAUUAUGUGACCAAAGACUGUGAUUCCGAAUCAGUGAAAAAGCAUAAUAAUCGUGACUGAAAUACAAAAUGUUUGUUUCGAUUUUGGUUCUUAAACGCGCUUGAAGGCAGUUUCUUAUAUUCGUUUUUAUUAUAUAUUAUUUGUAUAUAUACUCGGAAAUUUAUUCAUAUAUA